AGGAGAAGGGGCGAGGGGUGGGGGAGGGAAUCUGGUCACCCGGCUGGCAAUGGCCUGAGCCGAUGCCUUGGGAGAUCUCGCCCUCCUGCUCCGGCUGCCAAGUUGUGGACCGACCAGCCCUGCCUCCUCGCCACCCUGCUCCCAUUCCGCUUGCACAAUGCCCGCUGUACGGCGUAGCCCCUUCCUACACUAGGGGGGCUCUGCUGGGGAUGUGAGCCGGCGGGCAGGGAGAGCCAUUGUGGGGAAGAGGAGCCAGCCAGAGGAGGCCGAGCGAGGCUAUGAGGUGUGGGCGACCGGAGAAGGCUCCUCGCUGAACCAUGAUGAAGACGGAGCCCCCCACCGCCAGCCCCAGCAACAGCAGCAGCAGCAGCCUGAGAAGCGCCUCUCCCCACAGGAACGCCUACGAAGCGGGGAUCCAGGCCCUCCGAGCCACAAAGGAUGCCCUUGGGGCCGCCGAGAGCGAAGAAGCCAAGAAGGCCAGGAACAAGAAGUAUGGGUCCAACGUGCACCGGAUCAAGAACAUGUUCCUGCAGAUGGGGACCGCCCCGCCGGGCGAGGGCACCUGCGACCUGGCCAAGGUGAAGGAGAAGCCCGUCCGGCUCUCCUUGCCCAGGGCCAGCAGCCUGAACGAGAACGUGGACCACAGCGCGCUGCUGAAGCUGGGGACCAGCGUGUCGGAGAGGGUGAGCCGCUUCGACUCCAAGCCCGACAAGCCGGUCUCCAAGCUCCAGGAGACCCGGAAGAUCUUCGAGCGGAGCCUUCAGGAGAAGGAGACCACCAACAAGCUCCUGCUGAGGAAGGAGAGGGCCGGCUUCCAGGACAGGAAGCUGGACGUGGUGGUGAGGUUCAACGGGAGCACCGAGUCCCUGGACAAGCUGGACACGGAGGCCGUGUCGCCCACUGUCAGCCAGCUCAGCGCCGUCUUCGAGAAGGCCGACCUGAGGAACAACCUGCACAAAACCCCCAGCAAAGUCGGGCCCCUCAACUCCAAGAUCGUCAGCAAGAGGUCCCGGGUCUUCCUCCAGGGCCCGGAAGGGGGCAAGGCAGAAGCCAGGGGGGGCGACGGGCCAGCUCUCCAACUGAGAGCCAAGCAUCUUGAGGGCGAGAAGGCCCAACCCAAACCAGUCGCGCCUAGGCCGGGCGAGAAGGACGCCACGGGCCCACGGGCCCAGAGCGUCCAGGAGGUGCGGAAGAUCAAGCCGGUGGAGGUGGAGGAGAGCGGGGAUUCGGAGCAGGAGUUCGAGGCCGCCGAGCAGGCGGAGGAGACGGCGGCCGAGCAGGACAAGAGCAAGAGCUUGGCGUCUGGGCCCGAGCGGGCCGAGCUGAUCCAGGCCGAGGUGACGGUGCACGCGGCCUUGGAGAACGGCGGCCUGGCUGCGGAGAAACACGGGCAGGCCCCAGAAGCGGACACCUACCCCGAGGAGGAGGGCAAGGCCGAGGGGCAGGAGGAGGCCGACCUGGGCGAUGAGUCCAAGAAGGAGGACUUCUCGGAGGCCGACCUGGUGGACAUCAGUGCAUACAGUGGGCUGGGGGAGGACUCGGGGGGGAGCGGGCUGGACGAGGACGAGGAGGCCGACGGGCUGUAUGAGCCCGAGUCGAGCUGCGUGGAGAUCCCCGGGCUGUCGGAGGAAGAGGAGCUGGUGCCCAACCGCAAGAUCCAGUUCAGCACGGCUCCCAUCCAGGUAUUCAGCACCUACUCCAAUGAGGACUACGACCGCCGGAACGAGGAUGUGGACCCCAUGGCUGCCUCGGCUGAGUACGAGCUGGAGAAGCGGGUGGAGAGGCUAGACCUCUUCCCGGUGGAGCUGGAGAAAGACUCCGAGGGGCUGGGAAUCAGUAUUAUCGGGAUGGGUGCCGGAGCGGACAUGGGCCUUGAGAAGCUCGGCAUCUUCGUCAAGACGGUGACCGAUGGGGGAGCGGCCCACCGGGACGGCAGGAUCCAGGUGAAUGACCUCAUCGUGGAGGUGGACGGUACCAGCCUGGUGGGCGUGACCCAGAGCUUCGCGGCCUCGGUGCUGAGGAACACCAAGGGUAGAGUCCGGUUCCUGAUCGGGCGGGAGAAGCCGGGCGAGCAAAGCGAGGUCGCUCAGCUAAUCCAGCAGACGCUGGAGCAGGAGCGGUGGCAGCGGGAGAUGAUGGAGCAGAGAUACACCCAGUACACGGAAGAGGACGAAGAAACGGGUGAAUAUGCCACAGACGAGGACGAGGAGAUGAGCCCCAUGUUCCCCAGCAGCGAGAUGGCCAUCGAGGUCUUCGAACUGGCUGAGAACGAGGACAUGCUGUCCCCUGUCGAGAUGGACCCCGAGAAGCUGGUGCACAAGUUUAAGGAGCUCCAGAUCAAACACGCCGUCACCGAGGCCGAGAUCCAGCAGCUGAAGAGGAAGCUGCAGUCCAUUGAGCAGGAGAAGGCUCGCUGGCGAGCCGAGAAGGCCCAGCUGGAGCAGAGCGUGGAGGAAAACAAGGAGAGGAUGGAGAAGCUGGAGGGUUAUUGGAUGGAGGCCCAGAACCUGUGCCAGGCAGUGGAUGAGCACCUGAAAGAGACUCAAGCCCAGUACCAGACCCUGGAGCGGAAAUACAGCAAGGCCAAGCGGCUCAUCAAGGAGUAUCAGCAGAAGGAGAUCGAGUUCCUCAAGAAGGAGACGACCCAGAGGCGCGUCCUGGAGGAGUCGGAGCUGGCCCACAAGGAGGAAAUCGACAAGCUCCAGGAGAAGAUCUCCGAACUGGAGGGGAAGCUGCAGACCUUGAAAAAUUCAAACCCAACUUAAAACAAACACAAACACGAAGCAAUCGUUGGGGAGGAGGGACACUUUCCCCUUAACCCCCCCCCGCCCCCGUUUUGCCCC